AAACAGGGUGAGAACAUAGACUGUAAAAAAGAGUGAGAUAAAGAGGGAAAAGGGAGACAUGCGAACCUACUGUUUGAUCCACACUCCGGAACAGAAGGUGGCGGUAAUGCACCAAUAAGCUGGACGCCAACCGCCAUUUAAAAAUAAGAAGAAGAAGAAGAAGAAGAAGAAGAAGGUGACAACAACACGAGUGGUUUACCAUUCCAGCGUCCUUGUGAAUAUUGGCAUCUGCUCAAUUAAAUAUUCUAUAUUUUUGAUAUUAAAUUGGAGAUAUGAAGAUAGAUCCCGUAAAAUGGAACCGGAAUGCGUCACUGGCCUAUGCUGUUGGUGUUUGGACCAUGCUUGGUUACGUAUAUUACAAAUACAUUCUCGGACACGACAAAGUCAAAGUUGAAAAUGUCGUCGAAGAAAACGGACCUAAUGUGGAGAUAUAUGAAACAAAGCACACUCGGACCACAAUUGUCUAUAAGGGCGAUUAUGUGCCAUAUAGCACAAUGCUUUUAAACUUCUACAAGUCUACAUAUGGAAAUGAUACAGAGAGUCAAGAAAAAGAAGAAGAGAAGAAAUGAGCUGAGCUGACUGUUUGCAUGUUUGUUUUUAUGAAGAAAAGAUCAACUGUCAUUAUUUGAAAAAAAAAAAAAUUUAAAUUAAAAAGCAAAAUGAAUGUUUUGGGACACUGAGCUCAACUGCAGUAGCCUAUAAAUGAGGCAAUUGAGUUCCCUGGCAACAUGUAUAAAAUAUUUUGAUGAUUGUCUUUUAAGAUAAGCAAGACAUCUAAAGGAGAAUAUUGUGUUCGCAGCAUCUGUGUUAAAGGAAUAGUUCACCCAAAAAAAGGAAAAUGUGCUGAAAGGUUCACUCACCCUAAAGACAUCAAAGAUGUAGAUGAUUUUGUUUCUUCAUCAGAACAGAUUUGUAGAAAUUUACAUCCCUUGCUCACCAAUGGAUCCUCUGCAGUGAAUGGGUGCCGUCAGAAUGAGAGUCCAAACAGCUGAUAAAAACAUCACAAUAAUCCACAAGUAAUCCAGUAACUCCAGUCCAUCACUUAAUGUCAUGUAAAGUGAGAAGCUUUUUAAUAAAUCGUUUGGUUUCUUUUCUAGAAACUAGAAAAUACAACUUAUGAUAAACUCUGAAA